UCCCUUUCUUCCCCAAACAUGGCCGAAACCGGGGGCGGUUUUCUGGAGCAACUCAAGUCCUGCAUCAUCUGGUCCUGGACGUACUUGUGGACUCUCUGGUUCUUCGCCAUCCUUCUUCUUGUCUACAUCUUAAGGGUACCUUUAAAGAUCAAUGAGAACCUGACCUCAGUGAGUAUGUUUUUGAACACAUUAACACCCAAAUUCUACGUUGCCUUGACAGGCACUUCUUCGUUAAUCUCAGGGCUUAUUUUGAUAUUUGAAUGGUGGUAUUUUCGGAAGUAUGGAACGUCCUUCAUCGAGCAAGUCUCUGUGAGUCACUUGCGCCCUCUGCUGGGUGGGGUGGACAACAAUUCUCCCAGUAAUUCAAAUACAAGCAAUGGGGAUUCAGAUUCAAACAGACAGAGUGUUUCAGAAUGUAAAGUCUGGCGAAAUCCCCUAAAUCUGUUUAGAGGGGCUGAAUAUAACCGAUACACCUGGGUGACUGGAAGAGAACCAUUGACAUAUUACGAUAUGAAUCUUUCAGCACAAGAUCAUCAAACAUUUUUCACAUGUGAUACUGACCAUUUAAGGCCUGCAGAUGCCAUAAUGCAAAAGGCUUGGAGAGAAAGAAAUCCACAGGCCAGAAUUUCUGCAGCACAUGAAGCUUUAGAGUUAAAUGAGUGUGCCACUGCUUACAUUCUCUUGGCAGAAGAGGAAGCAACAACGAUUGUGGAAGCAGAAAAACUGUUUAAACAGGCUCUGAAAGCAGGUGAAGGCUGCUACAGACGUAGCCAACAAUUACAGCACCAUGGUACCCAAUAUGAAGCUCAGCACAGACGGGACACUAAUGUAUUAGUCUACAUUAAAAGGAGGCUGGCAAUGUGUGCGAGAAAACUGGGGAGAACCAGGGAAGCUGUGAAAAUGAUGAGAGAUUUGAUGAAGGAAUUCCCUCUUCUUAGUAUGUUCAACAUCCACGAAAAUUUGCUAGAAGCUCUGCUGGAGUUACAAGCAUAUGCGGAUGUUCAAGCUGUUUUAGCAAAAUAUGAUGAUAUAAGUUUACCAAAAUCAGCAACAAUAUGCUACACAGCUGCCCUUCUCAAAGCCAGAGCUGUCUCUGACAAGUUUUCUCCAGAGGCAGCUUCAAGAAGAGGUCUAAGCACAGCAGAAAUGAAUGCAGUGGAAGCUAUUCACAGAGCAGUAGAAUUUAAUCCACAUGUGCCAAAAGAAACCCAGAGCUAACCUGGCUUUACUGCAGCCAUGGUCCCUCGGGAUUGGGAAAAAGGAAGAGUGGGAAGAGAAGCCCAUGGGAGAGACACUCAUUCAUGGAAGCUAUGGCAUCUGCUGGCAGGAGACGUGAGUAGAGCUGGAGGAGUUGGAGGAAGAAUGGGUGAGCUGGAUCGAGAGGACUUGAUGUGAUUUUGGCAACCACAAAGCAUGAGAAGGUGUUAGCACACCCUGCUAACCAGCCGGCUUUGAUUAUGGUGAGUGAUGGAGCAAUCACCUCUUCUACUGCAAUGGCAACAGCAGCUGCCCCUGCAUCUAGCCCCACAACCCAGCCUGCCCCGACUAUAGUAGAAGCAGCAGUGCAAUGGAGAGACACUAGCCCUGGAUGUAAAGUUCAACAGAGCUCCAAAGAAGUUGGGGUUCUUCCUAGUGCAUGUCUGGACAUACAUGCAAGAGUAUAAUCCAGAAAUGGCCACCAAAGGGGCCAAGGUGCGGUGCAUGACCAUGGCAUUGGAAGGUACCAUGGCUGAAUGGCUGGUCCUCUUCCACAAUGAUGCCUUAGAACUGAGAAACUUUUACUGCUUCAUGGCCAUCCUUCGGAAGAGCUUUGAAGACCCCCGAUUGCAAAGCCAGAGACCACAUAAAAACCAUCAGCCAAGGGCGCAGGGAAGAGGCCAAGUACACCUAAGAGUUUUGCGACCUGGCCUGUGGACUGACUGACUGGCCAGAAGAUGGUUUGGAUGCUUCUAAGAUGGGUUAAGCAACAAGGCCUACAACACCUGUAUCUCCAGGGAUGCCCCCCACCCUCCAUGGCUGAUAUGUCCUAGUAGAAGAAGUGGAAAUUGACCUGGCUGAAUCCAAAUACCAGCUAACCCCUGGGUAUCGAACAUCCUUCCCUGAAACAAAAGAACCUCCACAACCUCCAGCAUGCGAGCAGAGUCCAUACUGAUGAUUCACUGGUUGCUUCAAGUGUGGGAAGGAGGGGCACUGAGCUGGUUACUGCUGAGCUGCAUAACCAACCCAGAAGGCAAUUUUGAGUCCUGGCAAAAAAUUGGCAAAACCACCACAGAGAAACCACAAGACAGUCCAGAAGGGAGUAAAGGUCGUAAAGUGCACCCCAUCCCCCAAGGAUUGUGAGAGAAUUCCGACUGGCCCAGUGGACAGUCCAGCAGGAAGCAAAUCAUACUAC